AUGUGGGGCCCGGGGAAGGAGGCCGCGGGGGCCGGGCCUGGGUCCCCCACUCCCGUACCCACUACAACCCCUAAUCCGUCCUCGGCCCCCGAGGACGGUAGUGCUCCAGAAGUUACUGGCCAUCUCCAGGAAACUUACUAUAAUCUCUGUAUGGAAAAGUCCCAGAAAAUUAAUUCUUUUAUAUUGCAUAUACUCCAAGAAGUCGAUGAAGAACUCGAAAAGGGGUCAGAAGGAAUCACAUUAAAUAUUGCUGGUAACAGUCGCUUAAUGCCAGAAGAAAGAGUAACAGGCAAAGAUUUUUGGAUUCUUUUCAGAAUUUUAAAGAAGAAUCCAUAUAUCAAUGGUUUGGAUGUUAGAUAUAACCUCAUAAGUGAUGUUGGUGCAUACUAUGCUGCAAGACUGCUUCAGAAGCAACAUAAACUCGUUUACUUAAACCUUAUGUUUAACGAUAUUGGGCCAGAAGGUGGAGAAUUGAUUGCUAAAGCACUACAUAAGAAUACAACUCUGAAAUACCUAAGAAUGACUGGAAACAAGAUUGAAAAUAAAGGUGGAAUGUUUUUUGCUGCAAUGCUACAAAUUAAUUCAUCUUUAGAAAAAUUAGAUUUGGGUGACUGUGACCUGGGAAUGCAAAGUGUGAUAGCAUUUGCUACAGUCCUAACGCAAAACCAAACAAUUAAGGGAAUAAACCUAAACCGACCUAUACUGUAUGGUGAGCAGGAAGAAUCCACAGUUCAUCUAGGCCACAUGUUGAAAGAAAAUCACUGCCUUGUUGAACUACAGGUGUGUAAGCAUAAUAUAAAAAACUGUGGUAUGAAACAGUUAUGUGACGCACUGUAUCUGAACAGAAGCCUACGCUACCUUGAUGUCAGCUGCAAUAAAAUAACUUGUGAUGGAAUGGUGUGUUUGGCUGAUGUACUGAAAAGCAAUACUAUCCUGGAAGUACUAGAUCUUUCUUUUAACAGAAUAGAAAAUGCAGGAGCAAAGCAUCUCAGUGAAACUCUUGCUUCACACAACAGGAGUCUUAGAGCGCUGUCAGUAGUCAGCAACAACAUACAGGGAGAAGGACUGGUUGCACUUUCACAGUCAAUGAAAACAAAUCCCACACUCUCGAAUGUUUACAUUUGGGGAAACCAAUUUGAUGAGGCUACAUGUGUGGCUUAUUCAGACUUAAUUCAAAUGGGCCGUCUAAAACCAGACAAUACAGAUGUGGAGCCAUUUGUGGUCGAUGGACAUGUGUAUCUUGCAGAAGUCUCCAAUGGCCUUAAAAAGCAUUACUACUGGAGACCAACUUACGGAGAAGCUUGCACAAACUCACCUAAUGCAGGUUUUACUCUUGUACCAGUAGGUGGACAUCUAUGAAAAACAAGCUCUGAAAUUUUCACAUUAUUUGUCUUAUGUUAAUAUUUUAUUGCCUAUUAAAUUCUUAUAGAACAUCUUACCUUUUAUACAUUUGAAAAAAAUUAUUAUAUUAAAAUGACUUUGUAUAACUGUCCACUGUGGAAAAACAGUAUCAUUGUUUAAAAAAAAAUUUUACAGGAGAGGGAAGAUGGCAGAGUAGGAGAAUCCUAAAUUCACCGUCUCCCUAUACCCCAGCCACACAUGGUGGCAACUGCUGCAUGUACUGCUACUCACUCUGAAAACUACCUGACGGGUGGCAGAACAGAUCACCCACAGCUAGGUGUAGAUCAUCCACAGCUAGGUGUAGCAAGGUCACAUCAAAAGUGUAGGAGGUACAGAGCUGCCAUCUGCCAUCGGUAAUGAAACUCCUGGAGUGACCACUCACAAAGGUGAGGGACAUUACAGGCGAGGAGGAGCGACCCCACAAUGGACACCCUUGGCCCUGAGGACUUGCACUAGAAGACCAGUCUCCAUAAUGUCUGGUUUUGAAAAUCAGUGUGGCUUAACUCCAGAAGAGCUGGAGGGCUGCAGGAAACCAAGUCUUUAAAAGCCAACACAUUAAAUAACUUGGCCCAAGACACAGCAUAGAAGCAGCAGUUUGAAAAGUGCCUGGGGUAUAUCUAAGAGAGAUUUCUCAACUAGUUUUAGGAUGUGUACAGGAGGGGCAGGAAUCUAUAGGAAAUAAACAGGAGCUUUCCCUGGGCUUGAAAGUGCUAGUGGGUGCCAUUUUUCUUGUCCUCUCCCAGGCUAGACAGUCAGACACUUGUAGAAGCCAGUUCUGACCUUCUCCCCCUACCUUGCUAGCAACUGUGUGCCCUGCCCUUCCAACCUGCCCACUGUGGUAGGCACCCCUCUACAGCAUCUCCUGCCCUGGGGAGUGGGGAGCUAACCCCAUAUACCAGUGCACAUGCAGAUGCUGUAGCCAUGCUUCUCAGCUGCCUCUAGAGGGAGCAAGCCCUACUCCUCAGUGUGUCUGCAGCAGUCACACUCUCAUUCCAGACAGCACUGGGCUGCAACCAGGUCUCACAGUCACCCACACAGGAAACAAGCGCUGCCUACCAGUGAGCCCAGAGCAGGCAACACGGACCACCGCAGACAGGCUGAGUGCUGGCCCAGUCUGCAUGAUGUAAAGAUGACUAGGGCUUAUUAGCCAGCUGUGCAGCAGACAAGCCCUGCCCACCAGUGUGCCCUCAACACUACAGGAUGAUCACUGUAGGCGGUAGGGCAGAGGGCUAGCAUCAUCCACCAGCACGCCAGCAUCCGUCAUAGCUCAACCUCAACAAAUUCUGGUGACCAGAGAGGGCCAUAUUGCAGGUAACUACAGGACACGUUCCACACAAGGCCACUACUUUCAAGACCAAGAGAAGCAGCUGACUUAAGUAAUUCAUAGAAACACAAAAUGAGACACAGGAAUACUUUCCAAAUGAAAGAAGGCAAAACCACAGAAAAAGAGAUCAGUAAUAUGCCUGAUAGAGUUCAAGGUAAUGGUCAGAAAGAUACUCACCAGACUUGAGAGAAGAGUGGCUGAACUCAGAACUAGUCAGAGGUGAAGAAUGUAGUAACUAACAUAAAAAAUGGGCUAGAGGAAAUCAGUGGAUUAGAAGAUACAGAAGAAUCAAUCAGUGAUCUGGAAGACAGGGUAAUGGAAAACAUUCAAGCUGAACAGUAAAAAUAAAAAGUGAGAAUAAGUUAAAGUAUCUCUGUGACUUAUCAAGUGUAUGAACAUUUGCAUUAUGGGAUCCCAGAAAGAGAUGAGAGAAGGGGGACAGAAAGCUUAUUUGAAGAAAUAACAGCUGAAAACUUCCUUAAUCUGGGAGGAAACUGAUCUCUAGGUACAAGAAGCAAGAAGAGUCUUAAGAUGAACCCAGGGAGGUCCACACCAAGAUACAUAACUAAAAUGACAAAAAUUAAAGAGAAAGUCCAACAGUUACAUAUAUACAUGGGAAACCCCAUAAGGCUCAUUUUCAGCAGGACUCUAUAGACCAGAAGGGCAUGGCAUCAUUAAAGCGCUGAAAGAAAAAAGCAAAACAAAACCUCUGCAACCAAGAAUACUUUAUCCAGCAAGAUUAUCACUCAGAAUCGAAGGGGAAAGUGUGUCCCAGACAAAAAAAAGUUAAAGGAGUUCAUCACCUCUAAACUAGCUUUACAAGAAAUGUUAAAGGAGAUUCUUUAAGUGGAAAGAAAAGGCCACAGUGGAAGAAAAUUAGGAGAAAAUUUCACAGUAAAAGCAAACAUAUAGUUAAGGUAGUAGAUCAAUCACUUAGAAACCUAGUAAGGAGGUUAAAAUAAAAG